AUGAAACGUGUUAGUAUAGAUGAAAACAUGGAUGAAACUGAAAAAAAUCAUCAAAUUAGCACAAGUAACACUGUGAAUAAUAAUAAAACAAACACAUAUAAAGCCAUGGAGAAUACAGAAGUUAACAUGAAAAAUUAUUUUGAUAAAGUAUAUCGUAGUAGUGUAGAUGUGGAUGACCUAAAUACAAAAUUCAAAGCAAUUACAAUAAGUGAAAAUCAUCAAAUUAUCACAAGUAAUACCAUGAAUAAUAAUAAAACAAACAUGUAUAAAGCCAUGGAGAAUACAGAAGUUAACAUGGAAGAUUAUUUUGAUAAAGUAUAUCAUGGUCAUGUAGAUGUGGAUGACUUAAAUAUAAAUUUCAAAGUAAUUACGAUAAGUGAAGAAGAUCUAUUUUCUAAUUUUAAAGAAACUGAACAGUAUAUAAAAAGUUAUGCUGAGUUCAAAGAGUUUAAGACAAGGUUGGGCUGGAGUACUAUUAUUGAAAUGAAAAGUGAAGAAAAAAUCAUGCAAAAAAGAACAAUUCUUUGUUGUCAUGCUGGUCAAUAUCAACCAGUAAAUCCUAUAAAAUCAGAGAAGUCAAAUAAAAUAGAAUGCCAAUAG